AUGUUGCAGGUGGCACAGGAGCAGACGGAUAGACUGUUGUGCGAGAUGUUGCCUGCAACCGUCGCCCAAGUCCUCAAGCAAGGCGGCCUAGUCCCACCACGAAGCUACGAUUCCGUUACCGUACUCUUCUGCCAGAUCAUGGACUUCAACACGCUGUGCUCGAAGAGUAAUGCAGAACAGAUCGUAACAUUCCUCAACGAUACCUUUACACUCUUCGAUGAGAUUGUAAAAGUUCAUGAUGCUUAUAAGGUCGAAACGACUGGUGAAACCUAUAUGGUGGCCUCUGGUGUACCGACAGAAAAUGGAGGACGUCACGUCUUCGAAAUUGCCGAUAUUUCGCUGGAAUUGAGAGAUGCCUCCUAUCGCUACCAAGUCCUCCACCUCCCCGACUUCAAAGUCCGAGUGCUCAACGAGCGGUCCUACGAGGACGUCCUCAGACGGAGGAGGAUGAUGUUCGCCUGUUGCUUAAUAGCCUGGCUAGCCGUCAUCAUCCUGAUAGCGGCGAUGGCCAUCCCGAAAUGGGAAGUCCUUACCUUUACAAAUAUCGACUGGGAAAUCGUACGUGUCGAACUUGGUGUCUGGGGCGAGUGGAGACAGACGACGAACACCAGCCGACCGAUCACCGAAUGGAUCCCCCACUUCCCUGCCCCUCCCGCUCAUCUGACUCGAUUGGCCGAUGAGGACUUGAAGCAUUACUACCGAGCUCAAGCUGUCAUCGGCAUCAUCGGCCUAGUGCUCCUGAUCGCCACCAACCUCUUGGCCAUGUACACCUUCUACCACCAUCGUUAUACCUACAAACGACUGACCGCUGCGUUGUACUUUGUUUGCACUAUGUGCGUCUUGGCCGCUAUCGAGGUACUAUCGAACAGUGUUGAUGAGUGGAAUACUACUGUCGUGGCGAAAUCACAGGACGAAACCCACUGGGACUACGACGCUGUCCGUGAAUCCGGCUACGCAAAAUACAUGGCUUACAGCGUCGUCAUCAUCUGUGCCCUCUCCUCCUUAACCUUCCUCUAUGGCUCCCACAAACAAAAGGGUGAAAACGCCGCUACUGCCGAAUUCGAGAUCGAGGACCGUCCGAUCCAUAUGGGACGCUUG